AGGUGAUCAGCCUUCUGUGUCCUGCCAGACCGAGACAUUUUUUUCUUCGUCGCCACCGGGAACCCUCGGUUCUACGCUCACGCGCUAACCACUGUACCAAGGAGUCGGUCAACAACCGUUUAUAUAAGAGCCAUCGAUCCAAACCAGGUUCUCAGGACAAUAACCAAGCCUUAACCUAGCCCAGUCAUGGAUGAAUUCAUAAAAAAUAUCAAAAAUAAAUUUUCUAUGGAAAAUAUAGUAGAGCGCCUGAAGGAUGAGAUAAAAGAAGAGAAAAAUAAUGUUCCCGAAACUCUUGAGAAGGUAGAUCCAUCAAAAAUAGCCAACAUAGAGGAACAUGUAUCGAAUUUACAAGAACAACCUAAACCUUCCCUUCAACCAGCCGAUGAUAUGAAAAAUAAACAAAUACCGGGCAAUAUUCAGAAGAAAGAACCAACCGCGAAGACGAGUAUGAAUGUCCUUCAAAAACCUAUAGAGCCCGAAGAAUUUAGGGAUCCGUUCCGAGAUGACGAGAAUCUUUUUAAUUUCUAUGAUUGAUAUUUGAUUUUAUACAU